AUGCCUGAAGGGCAACGCAGGAGAGAGAUGACAACUUUCAAACUUCAGUUCGACUACGUUCUAACGAGGAACAUUUAUCAGCCGGAUAUCCGAAAAUCUUCUAAAGCUGUUUGGUACGUCGCAUUUGACUCGAACCGCCAUCCAAUUCUUCUCAAUUUCAAGAUACGGUUCCACAAGAGAAACCGAGAAGUUCCUCUUCAACCGAAAAUUGGCAUGGCGGAAUUAUUCACAAAGUGUAUCCAAAACGCGGCAAACGAAACGCUCCCGGCUAUAGGCCUAAACAAGAAGUUUGAUUUUGCAUCUGCGGAGACAAGAUUCAGAUCAUCCGUUCAAUAUGGAUCGACGAAGGACAUCUGUCUCGUGGAGACACGCUAUCAUAACACCACUCCAAAAGAAGUUAUCGAGUACGGAUCCAAGAAACUAUUGAGGAAUUUCAUUGCCACGUGCUAUGUACAAGGUCUUGGAGCGAAUCUUCCUGGAUCGGCCUAUCAAAUAACGCGCAACGAGCAAGUCUGCUUUCGUCUUGGCCGAUCUACGAUUGAGCAAGUGUUCAAAAGAGUGAUCGAAAUCUGGCAGCGGUAUUCAAAGCCAAUGCAAUUAGCCUUUCUGAACUUUGAAGCAGCUUUCGACUCUCCUCAUCGGGGCCACUUUCUCAACGGGCUUCGUGUCAAUGGAGUAUUAGGAAAAUUUGUUCGCGUGCUUGAUAAUAUGAUCCAACAAACAACUGCUGCGGUUCAAAAGACAGCCGGAUGUACAUCAUCACUUGAAGUGGUAACUGGACUAAGAUAG